UUUCCCAUUUGGAACCAAAGCGAGGUCAAAGCCACGUAAUGGCGGUCGAAAGAAAGACGAAGAGUCGGCGCAAAAUGGACGAGGUGCAGGAGAAGCCCUCGAAGGAUGAGUAUGCUGUUGCCAAAUUUCUCCGAUUCGGUGUUCCGACCAGACAAGGAAGACUGGUGGGGAUGACAGUACAGUGCUUCUUCGCCAAUAAAGCUGUGGACGCACUGCUGGAAUCCAAGUGGUCGAAGCAGGCCAAGGAACCGCUGUUCACCAACCGAGCCUCCUGUGUGUCUUUCUGUAACAGAUUGCUGCAGAAGGGUCUCUUCCACCGAGCAGAAAAAGUACAGAGAAGUAAGGACCGAGACAAGACCAAGAAGAAGAAGAAGCUCAAGGAUGGAGAGAAGGAUGAAGAAAGCAAUGAGGAAACAGUUCGGGAGAGAAAGAAGAAGGAAAAGAAGGGAAAGAAGGAUGGAGACACAGAGAAAGAAGAGGUAGAAAAGAAGGAAGAAGGAGAUAAGAAAGAGGAGAAGAAACCAGAAAAGGAGGAAGAAAAGAAGAAAAAGGAGAGGAAACUGAAGCUUAACAUGCAUGACGACCAGCGGUUCGUGGAUGGAGAAGAGGUGUAUGUGUGGAUAUAUGAUCCCGUCCCACUCAAGACCUUCCUCAUCGGCCUUCUCAUGGUGUUUGGUGCCACGGCUCUGUGCCUGUUCCCGCUGUGGCCUGAGGAGGUGAGGGUCGGAGUCUACUAUCUCAGUCUGGCUGCUGCAGGUUUUGUGGGCUUCAUACUCUCGCUUGUUGUUGUUCGCCUUGUAUUAUUCUGCCUGGCGUGGGUUGCAUCACUUGGAAAACAUCACUUCUGGUUCCUACCAAAUUUGACAGAAGACGUUGGUUUCUUUGACUCCUUCAAACCUCUUUAUAAACAUGAUUACUUUGGCAAGGACUCAAAAGCAGACAAGACGAAGGACAAACAAUCCAAGGAAGAGAAGGAGAAAGGAAAAGAAGAAAACGCUGAGGAAGCCAAAAAGGAAGAAAUUGAAAAGGAUGAAAAUUCUGGGAGUGAUAAAAGUGAAAAUGGGGAAUUUGAACUUGUGGAUAAGAAUGAACUUACUGAAGAAGAAAUCGCUGGAACAGGAAAUGAAGAAAUUCAGGAUGAAAAUGAUGACGAGAUUGAUGAUGAAGAUAAUGACUUUGACGAUGAAGAAGAUUCUGAAGAAGACAACACUGAGGGAAAGAAAGAUAAAUAAGUUCACAAUGAUUAGGAUCUGAUGAAGUAAUACAUGUUCUGGGCUGGUAGCAAAGACAUUGAGCUAAAGAAACCUGGAUAUGACAUCAUUAUGAAUGCUAAAGGUUCUGCUUCAUCAAAUUUUGACACAUUGUUUGUUUUAUUGGGGAAAUAUGACUGUUGUAUAAGCUGUGUUAGUACAUGGUUACGUCAGCAUCUUUGUAAGAAUGUUAUUUACAAGGUAUGUAACACUGUGUCAGUUUAAUAUACAAUGAUCAUCAUCUCAUGUUAAUAUGUAAUUAUACCAUAUGACUCUGGCCUUCUCUUUAUCAAGAAUUAUGUUUUGUAGACAGUUACAGUUUGGUAUUCAUAUUAGAGGUUUCCGCGACAAACAUCUACCUUACACAUUCAUAUUGUAAAACCUAAUUAGUGUCAAUCCAUGCACCAUGGGGGCCGGCUGAGAGCUUGUUGCUAUCAACCAGAUUGUGUUUAACUCUUCUUAGAUUUAGCAUUCUGCUUUUGGCAGGUGGGAAGGUAACAUUAUAUCAGGCUUGCUUAUUGCAAAAUUUCGUAAUUUUAGCUUUUUGAAAUCUAUACAGAAUUCAGACAUGAAUUGACAGACGGGUAGGCGUAUCAUGCAUUGUAUCAAAUAUCAGUUUGAGAUCCAUCGACACAUCAGACACCCCUAAUAUGAAUUGUGACAGGGAUUUAUCUAGGUUUCCAAGCUAAGUUCCCACAGCAUUUCGUUUCCAAAUCAGGAUAUUCUUUGUUACUCCUUAGAUAUGUACCGGUAGGUAUUUCAAUGUUGCAAUCUUUACAAUAAUACCCCUUCCACUUACUUGCUAUUUGGUCAGUGAACUUCCACCUGACUUCACAUGUUAUGUCAAUGUCAACGGGAAUUGACAAAAAUUUGCUCAUUUUUCACUCACACUUGAGGCGAAUAUCUGAGCAGAUCAAUCCCUGAGGGGAAAUUUUGGGAUAGCAGCAAAUUGAAAAAUACCAGAGGCAAUUCCUGCUUUGGGGUAAAAUAUCUUUUAGAUCUAAGAGUUCUAUCUGAGUUGCACAUUAUGAUGGAGUUCUAUGUCUUGCAUGUCUGUGAUAAGGUAAUAGCACUACUAACUGGAGUUAUCUCCCCUUUUAUGUUGUGACCAUCUUCCCAGCGGUCAAGUAACCAUGGUAACUUGCACUUAUCAUGACACGUCUCUCCUUGAGACUACCCCUGAUUUUGUGAAGCCAUAACACAGCAUCACUUACAGCACUUGAAUGUUUUAAUGAUAACAUGACUAGACAUCAUUAAUUUGGUGUAUCAAGGCAUUGUGGGUAUGAACAUACAGAAGCACUGAUCGUAAGCAACAGAAUGUGAGUUCGGACAUGUAUGUCAGAUAUAAAACAGGGCCUUUCAUAUUUUAAGACCAAGAAUUUGUUUGUUUGCUAAAUGUGAAGUUUGACAACCCUGAUAUUAAAUAAAUUGGGAUAACUG